CCCGCAUCCCAUUGAUCGCCGAACAAAUUUGGUGUUGGCCCUCCCAAAAAGGUCAGCGAUCCACAAAAUAUGCUUCUGAAGAGCUGCCUGACAAAGAAAUUGGACGGUUUGAUGGUGCAUCCAACAAACAUUGCGACCCUUUGUGCUUGGAAGCCAAAAAGGUCUGGGAAGAGUCGACUGUAGCUGCCGAGUUGCUCGGAACCACAAUCCACAAAUCCUUUCCCAUUAGCCUCUGCUGACCCCUGUUCCAAGCUUAGUUAAAAGAAGUAUAUAUACCAUGAAGGUCGCUCCCCUCUUCGUGACCUCCCUCUAUGUCGCCAUGGCUGGAGUUAUGAUGCCAUUGUCGACCGUAGCCGAAGGCGAGGGCUCCUUGGGAGAAUUCCCUGAAGAAAACUCUGCCGAUGGAGCAGCAACGUGGGCAAUGCCCCAUGAAGAUUCUCAAGACGAAACUCCAGACGAAACGUCUCCAGACGAACCUCCGACUGGUGAGGACCCAUUUGCUCCCGAUACAGACCCUCCCGCUACUACAGACCCUGGCGAUAUCGAGGAUCCUGUCGCGAACAUCCUUGAACUUGUGACCAACACGCUUGGAGGUGCCGACGCCCUUUUGAAUAUGCGAUUCCUUCAAGUCAUGACCACUGGAGAGGCUGAAAUUGAGUACGAAGACACCACCCCUGAUGAAGUUGGCAAUGCUGCUUCGUUUGAACGAAACUACACGAUUGACUUGUUUGAAGGGAACGUCCGAAUCGACGAACUCACGGUGCAUGAGUUCGAAGCCCUUCAGUUCUUCCCGCCAAGCUUCACUACCCGCAUCAUGCAACAAACGAUUGGGGAACAGAUUGGAUCAAAAAUGUUCGUACCGAAUGGGACCAUGCCAUCUGAAUCUGUGGCUGCCUUGUCCCAUCAGCUGGUGUUCCAAAACCCUCAUGUCCUCCUAGUCUACAUCCUUGCCAAUGAUGUCUUUGAAAAUAUCACCUAUGCUGGAUUGGACCGAAACGAUAAUGCCAUGCUCAUUGUUCCUGACCCUGAUGAUAUCUGGCCCAUCACCAUGUUCGUCAACACAACUUCAGGAUUCAUCAACAAGGUGACAACUCGCCAGGCCCACCCAUUGGUGGGUGAUCGAAGAGUUACCUUUCGAUACUUUAACUGGGUGAUUGAGAGCGAAGGACCCUCCCCUCUGCUGUUCCCACGAAGGGUUCGAAUCUCCAAUCAAAACGGAAAAGUUGUCUGGGACGAACGACGCGAUUCCGUCAUGACACCUGCGGAUGUGGACAUGUCCAUGUUUGAAUUCAGUGGCAGCGUGGAUCCGGAUAGCUUUGACGCAUUCGCCUUUUACUACGGUCUCGCCAACUCUCUCUUGUUUGACACAUUCGACAUGACUGGAUUCUGGUUCCCCUGGAGGGUCGCUUACAGUGACCCUCAAGAGCUGGCUCCUGGUGUCACGUGGAUGAACGCAGGAACCUCCGCUUCGCUGGUUGUGGAGCAUGCCGAUGGCUUGAUUGUGUUGGAAGGUUUCGGUAGCCAGUUCCAGACCCAACUCUUGUUGCAAGCUGCGGGAGAGCUCUUUCCUGGAAAGAGCCCGACACAUGUGUUGCAGACUCACUUUCACUUUGAUCAUUCUAGUGGAGUCCGAGAAUACCUGGGUGCAGUAGAGGAUGUGACGCUCGUGAUUGGAGACGGCACCACCGAGUUCUGGUUGGACGUGAUGAUCGCCCAGCACAGUAUAAUUCCAGACUCUGUGGAAACUGCCAAUGUGACGAACUAUGACAUUGUCACGGUGGAAUUUGACCAGGAACAAGUGCUUUUGGAUGCCGACGGCAUGGUGGUGACGGCCUAUCACACCAGCCGCGCCGAACACGCCGAGGACAUGAUGAUUUUCACGGUGGAUGUCAACGCCACUCGAAUCCUGUAUCAAGCCGAUCUGUACAAUGGUGGCUUUGGCGGUACCAUUACAUUGAACGGCCCACAACACUUGUUUGACGCAAUGCGCGACCACAGCAUCCUUACAGCUAAUUGCACUUCCGAUGUUCCCUUGACUAUUGUUUCUACACAUGGUAUUCCAAUCACUCUGGAAGAAGCAUUGGCGGAACUGGCCUCGCUUGACGUAGAUGUUGGUUGUCCUGCACCUGCUGAUGAGUAAAGGAGGGAGAAGUAAGCAAGCAAGCGAGCUGAUGAUACAACAGCUAGCUAGGGCUGUAGCGUCGCGUUGUUGUCAGGAAGAUCAACGACCUGGCUAGUUGCCUACGGGUAUUUUAGGAUAAGUUACAUACUUAAUAUCAUAAUUAUAUAGACUAUCAAGUUUCAAUCG